CUUAGGGGUCAGCCCCCUCACCAACCUUUCCAUAAGUGAGUCACAACACACAGAGAGCGCUACAGGCUUGCCCAGUCUCUACUUGCCUCAAAGUUCUGGAAGUCACCUUCAGAAAGACUAUAGAGCCCACAUGGAUCUGAGUGAAGAUUUCUCAGGCAUCAGUCUUCAAAAUCUCUGCAGUUCCCCUGUCCUAUGUUCACACAUCCAAAACCCUGUGAAUGAAGAUGAGGAGAGUCUGGAAAAGCCUAGCCCUCUUCGCUCUUACCUCAGAGAGGAUUUCUGCAGAUAUUCCUCAGCAAAGCAGCCAGGAUUUUACGAUGAGUACCUGCCAGAGGUUUUAUAUCACUGGAAUAAGCCGCCUGCAAAUGAUCCACAGGCCAACUAUCUCCUGCAUCCUUUCCUACCUAAGCAUGCAAGGCAAGUGGCAGGUGUGAGGCCACCUCAAGUUACAUCCCAUCAGAGCACAGCCCCUGUUAGAGAGCUCAUGUCAGAAGUGUGUGUCCAGCCUUCCCAACCAGCUGCUAUUGGCCACCCUCAAACACUGAGACGCAACAUAAGUCUUCCUGAUGACUGCAGAGACGUUUUCAUAACAUAUUCAGUGGACACUGCAGCAGAAUUGAUGCCCUUUGUGAAUUUUUUGCUCAAUCAGGGAUUCAGACCAGCUAUUGAUAUAUUUGAAGACAGAGUUAGACAAAUGGACAUCAACAAAUGGAUGGACAGUUUUUUAAAAAAUAAGUCUGUGUUAAUCAUUGUAGUGAUCAGUCCGAAGUAUAAGACAGAUGUUGAGGGAGAUGGAUCUGAUCAACAUGGAUUACACACCAAGUACAUACACACACAGAUCCAAAAUGAAUUCAUUCUGCAAAGAUGUCUAAACUUCAGAUUGGUACCAGUGCUGUUUCCCAGUGCUAACCAAAGUCAUGUUCCAUUGUGGCUACAGAGCACACGUCUGUACCGGUGGCCUGAGGAUGCUUCGGACCUAUUACUUCGCUUACUCAGAGAGGAAAAAUACAUCAUCCCUGCUCUGGGAAAAGAGCUGAUGCUCACUAUUAAACCCCUGUAAAAGAGAAUCUUGUGAUAUCAUGUUUAGAAUGUUUUAUUUUAUGUUAUUAGUUUUUAUGAGAAGUGUGAACAUCUUCCACCCAAACAUUUAAAACAAUUUUAUUAUUCUCAAUAGUGAUUCUAAUAACCGUUUUCCUUUCUCUUUCAUGUGAUUUUGGCAUAAAGGUAACAACAACAGAGUUUGUUAGAUCAACCCGUAAAGCCACUGCAUUAAUGCUUCAUCAAUACACAAAAUCAUAGGUGCUGUCUCAAUACCAGUUCUGUUGCAAUGCAACUUCUAAAGAUUUUUUUUUUUUUUUGUGAUGCCUAUUUAACAUGCUUUUCUAACUUAAGGAGUUAAUUGGCCUAAAAAAAUUACAAUUAGCCCAUGAUUUACUUACCUUCAAGAUAUCCUAUGUGUAUAUGACAAUUUUUAAUAAAACACUGAUUGUAUCUGAAA